AGCGCCGGGUCCCUUCGUUCGGAUCCAACCCUAUUGCCUUUGCUCGGCGUGGCCCCGCCUGCAGCCCAGACCCGAGCCUGGGCUGCGCUUAACUUCUCGCUUCUCUCCACGCUCGAGCCAAUCACCAGCCUCGAAUUUCCUCUGGCCCCGCCUCCAGACCCGCCCAGGCCCAGUCCCGGGCUUGGUUCGUCCAGGCCCCACCCCCGCCCCGCCCCGCGGUCGGUGCGCGGCGGUCGAGAAGGCGCCUACAGCAGACGCUCGGAACUGCGGACCCGAGAGCUUCCCGCAUUAGGGCUGGUGGUGGGAGCGGAGUGGGUCGGGCGGGGCCGAGCCGGGCCGUGGGCCGUGGGCCGUGUGGGGGCCGGGCGGCGGCCGGGCCGGCGGACGGCGGGAUGGGGUGCACCGUGAGCGCCGAGGACAAGGCGGCGGCCGAGCGCUCUAAGAUGAUCGACAAGAACCUGCGGGAGGACGGCGAGAAGGCGGCGCGGGAGGUGAAGUUGCUGCUGUUGGGUGCUGGGGAGUCAGGGAAGAGCACCAUCGUCAAGCAGAUGAAGAUCAUCCACGAGGACGGCUACUCCGAGGAGGAAUGCCGGCAGUACCGGGCGGUUGUCUACAGCAACACCAUCCAGUCCAUCAUGGCCAUUGUCAAGGCCAUGGGCAACCUGCAGAUCGACUUUGCCGACCCCUCCAGAGCGGACGAUGCCAGGCAGCUGUUUGCACUGUCCUGCACUGCUGAGGAGCAGGGUGUGCUCCCUGAUGACCUGUCCGGCGUCAUCCGGAGGCUCUGGGCUGACCAUGGUGUGCAGGCCUGCUUUGGCCGCUCGAGGGAAUACCAGCUCAACGACUCAGCUGCCUAUGUCUCGCGGCGUCGGCCCCGGGCACUGGCAGGAGAUGAGAGGCUGCUGCCGCCCGGUCGGAAGGACAUCGGCGCCCCCCAAGCCCGGUCCCCGCCCCAGUUCCUCGGGCCUUUCCUGCUGCCCCAGCCUGCGAGGGCCGACGACACGGAGAACAGGAUUCUGCGCCCAAGCCAGGAGCGGCUGGGUGAGGACAGCCAGAGAUUCAGCGCCCCUGGCCCUGCAUCCCCAGAGCCCUCCAACCUAAGAAGCCCCAUCCUUCUGUCUCCACCCAUGGGCAGCUGCAGCUGUGAGGCCCAGGACCCUUAG